AUGGAAGCGAUGUCGAUUCAUUCGAUCUCCGACACUCAUUCACUCCUCCACCAUCACCACCACCACACUCCUUCUUCCAUCAUCGCCGCCAUUGCCGGAGUAACGACUCGACCUUCUUUCCUCAAAAUCGCCCAACCCUCACACUCACACUCAUUGGUUGCGGCUCCUCUUCGUCUCUCUGCUCUCCAUGCUCAACUUCCCAGCGAAGAAGGUGAUGAACUCAAUGCCUCCGCUUUACCUUCUCACCCUCAGGAAAAUUUAAGCCAUUCUGAGAGUGCUGCUGCUGAUGAUAAUGAUGAUGCACAUGAGCCAAUACAAACAGGCAUGUCAUGGUCAACUAUUACGACUCCGGGAGGAAGUGGGUCGGGUGGGGGUACACGGGCUGGACUUUUCAGAACUCCGAUUUCUGGUGGUGUCCAGAGUGCAACCUCGGCCCAUGGUUUGCCUAGACCUGCUUUAGCAGUUCGCAAUUUGAUGGAGCAGGCCAGAUUUGCUCAUCUUUGCACUGUAAUGUCUCGAAUGCACCACCGACGAGAAGGAUAUCCAUUUGGUUCUUUGGUUGAUUUUGCACCGGAUUCGAUGGGCCAUCCAAUAUUCUCAUUUUCUCCUCUUGCAAUUCACACAAGGAAUUUGUUGGCUGACCCAAGAUGCACACUUGUUGUUCAGAUACCUGGAUGGAGUGGUUUGUCCAAUGCAAGAGUAACUAUUUUUGGGGAUGUUUAUCCGCUUCCAGAAGAUCAACAGGAAUGGGCACAUAAGCAGUAUAUUGCAAAGCACCAUCAGGGACCUUCUCAACAGUGGGGCAACUUCUACUACUUUAGGAUGCAGAAUAUAAGUGACAUAUAUUUCAUUGGAGGCUUUGGUACUGUUGCUUGGGUGGAUGUAAAAGAUUAUGAAACCCUUCAACCUGAUAAGAUUGCAGUUGAUGGCGGUGAGCUAUAUCUGAAGGAACUCAAUGCCAUAUUCUCAAAGCCCCUAAAGAAACUACUAUCUAAUGAGAUUGAGGUAGAUGAUGCAGCACUCAUAUCUAUCGACAGCAAGGGGACUGAUAUUAGGGUUCGUCAAGGUGCCCAGUUCAACAUUCAGAGGAUAUCAUUUGAUGAAGGACAGAGUGUUGAAACAUUAGAAGAAGCUAAAGCUGCUCUUCAGAAAUUAAUACACAUAGGAAAAGUGUGCAAUCUUCAUAAAUAA